CCCGCCUGUCGCGACAGUCGGGGCCGAGGCCCAGGGGGAGGUGGCCUGUCGCGGGUCGCCCGGCUCCCGGAGGCGAGGGGGGCGCGGGCGGAUGGCGGAAGGCGCCCAGCCGCAGCAGCCGCCUCAGCUCGGGCCCGGCGCCGCUGCCCGGGGGAUGAAGCGGGAGUCGGAGCUGGAGCUGCCGGUGCCCGGAGGGGGAGGAGACGGAGCCGAGCCCGGCCUGAGCAAGCGGCCGCGCACCGAGGAGGCGGCGGCCGACGGCGGCGGCGGGAUGCAGAACGAGCCUCUGACUCCAGGUUAUCAUGGAUUCCCAGCACGGGACAGCCAGGGUAACCAGGAGCCGACAACAACUCCUGACGCAAUGGUUCAGCCUUUUACUACCAUCCCGUUUCCGCCACCUCCCCAGAAUGGAAUUCCCACAGAAUACGGAGUGCCACACACUCAGGACUAUGCCGGCCAGACCAGUGAGCAUAACCUGACACUGUACGGGAGCACGCAAGCCCACGGGGAGCAGAGCAGCAGCUCCCCCAGCACACAGAAUGGAUCUCUCACGCAGACAGAAGGGGGCGCACAGACAGACGGCCAGCAGUCACAGACACAAAGUAGUGAGAACUCAGAGAGCAAAUCUACCCCGAAACGGCUGCAUGUCUCUAAUAUUCCCUUCCGCUUCCGGGACCCCGACCUCCGACAGAUGUUUGGGCAGUUUGGCAAAAUCCUAGAUGUAGAAAUAAUCUUUAAUGAACGUGGUUCUAAGGGAUUCGGGUUCGUAACUUUCGAGAAUAGUGCUGAUGCAGACAGGGCCAGGGAGAAAUUACACGGCACCGUGGUAGAGGGCCGUAAAAUCGAGGUGAAUAAUGCUACAGCACGCGUAAUGACCAAUAAGAAGAUGGUCACACCAUAUGCAAAUGGUUGGAAAUUAAGCCCCGUGGUGGGAGCUGUAUAUGGCCCUGAGUUAUAUGCAGCCUCCAGCUUUCAAGCAGACGUGUCCUUAGGCAAUGAUGCAGCAGUGCCCCUAUCAGGAAGAGGGAGUAUUAACACUUACAUUCCUUUAAUCAUUCCUGGCUUCCCUUACCCGACUGCAGCCACCACGGCGGCCGCCUUCAGAGGAGCCCAUCUGAGGGGCAGAGGGCGGACGGUCUAUGGGGCAGUCCGAGCGGUACCUCCAACAGCCAUUCCCGCCUAUCCAGGAAUAGUCUUACAGGAACCAAUCAUUAGCGCUAAAAUACCUCAGGGCGGAUACGCAGCCUACAGAUAUGCACAGCCGGCUACCGCGACCGCGGCCACAGCCGCUGCCGCUGCCGCCGCAGCUUACAGCGACGGUUACGGCCGGGUAUACACAGCCGACCCCUACCAUGCCCUGGCCCCUGCCGCUAGCUAUGGAGUUGGCGCUGUGGCGAGUUUAUACCGAGGUGGCUACAGCCGAUUUGCCCCCUACUGAAGUGACGUGAGACCCCGCAAAUGGGACAGCCCCCCAGUUCAUGAGGCCUGGCUAUUGCAAUAUUUACUAGUAGAGGAACUCUAUAGCAAGAUGAAGAGGAAAAACAAACAAACAAACAAAAAAAAAACACAAAAAAAGAGAGAAUACUUUUUUAUACCUCACUAUGUUCUUUGAAUAUGUAUUUUUCCUUUAAAUUUCUGCCUUUAAUUCUUUUGUUCCAAAGAUUGUGCAUUUUUUUCUUUUUUUUUUUCUUUUUUUUUUUUUUAACUGUGGUAAAAAAAAAAAAAAAAUAAUGCAUUUCCAUGUCUGUAUGUCCGUGCUAGCUCAUUCUGUCAAUCACGGAAGAGGCAGUUCAUGAGGAAGGAGAGACCUUAGGAGCUGAUGAACGCAUGUGAUCAGAAAUCCGCAGACAGAGUUACCAAAGUGUAUCCGGUGCUGAGUGGCUGGGGGACAAGCAGAAGUGGAGAUCUUUCUGCGACAGGAUAUUCUUCUAGUCUUCUGAGUUUCUGGUCUUCGGCAGGCAAUUCUGGUUGGCUGUGGCUGGAAUCCACAUGCUGAUAGAUGACAGGAAUUUGUGCUUGCAAAGCGGGAGAAUUAAAAGCCACUGUCCUCUCCUCUUCCCUCCUGUCUUCUCCAUCCUUUUUACAAUCAUCUUACCUGCACAGCCUGAGACGGUCGGCAUAGUUUUUGGAAUUAUAGUAUUAAUAUUUCCAAACACGCUCUCAGACUGUGGAUAAUAAACACCUCAUUAGGAAACCGAUCUCAGAAUGAACUCCGGAGUGUGAAAAAGAUCAUUCUUUUCUUUCUUGAGAUCCUAGCAUUCCUGCUGGGCCUCUUCUCCUUUCUCUGAACCACGGCUUGGCUCAUCUGUCCUUUUAUGAACUCCCUGCUCCCACGUCCUCAAGAGUCAGGAAUUUAGGACCCAGAGACAGGAGAAUAAAUAGCCAGCGACCAGAUUUCCCGGCUUGAGGGUUAGAAGUACAGAGUGUUGGGAGUCCGUAAAGACAGUAAGGAAAAGAAAAGGGAUAUCGGAGGGUGUCUGGCAGGGCUCUGAUAUUCCUGUCCUUUCUCUUACAUCAGGAGGGCAGUACAAGGUGUAAAACGUAUGAAAACCGUUAGCAAAAGAUCAAGCACUGAGUGCAGGGUCCACUGUCCCUGGAAGCUUGCGGUGACCGGGGCACGGAAGGGCAGGCAUGGGCGCUUUGUACUGGCUCCAAAGCCAUAGGAAUUCCCAGCUCCCGGGGCCUCUGCGAGCCACUUCUCUGUCCACAGUCUUGAGCUCUCGUGACCCUUCCGCCCGGCUUCUCGUCAUCCUCCAAAGAUGCCAGCCGAGCACCCGCCUACUUGGCAUAUAUACCAACACUACAGGAUAUCAAAUCCGAGCCCCUGAGGUUGCUCCCCUCCCAUCCUGGAAAGAGAGUCUGACAUGGCAAGGAUCUUCUGUGUUGCCAGGAAGAGUCAUGUGGUGGCCGCAGCAGUGGGUCACUGCCGCGGCCCUGCGGCUUUGAUGUUACAUGUAUAAGCAAGGUAGGGGAGAGGCGUUUCUCUUCUAGCUGGUAAUGGUAGAGGCCAGGGUCCUGCCGCAUUUCCAAAAUGAAGGCCUGAGAAAAUAGAAAAGCACGUUCUGUUUGGGUCCCUGGUCUAUUCACGUUGGUACUAGGGUGACCUCUCACCCAAGGGAUAGCUGCUCAAGGGAGUAAUUCAGAGACAUGGAGCUUCCGGUUUGGUAUGGGUUUAUUUUCCGUUUGUGUUUUUGUUUUUGUUUUUGUUUUUUUUUUACUCCUGCCUCCACACAUGUUCUUGACUGAUGACUAUUCGUGUCCCUGAAUUAAAAUGACUGACACAUGGCAGCAUGAA